GGUAUUCCUGGUCCAAAACAGUCUCUAUUUGGGAGAAUAAUUAAAUUUUUUACAAUGAGUAUACAGGAAACGGUUUUUGAUAAUUAUAAAAAAUAUGGCAAAGUUUAUGGUGUAAAUUUAGGUAAUCGACCAGUUCUUGGUAUAUCAGAUCCACAAUUAGUUAAAGAGAUGAAUAUUAAAGACUUUCAUGUGUUUACCGAUCGAAACGACUUUUCAUUUAACGAUGAAUUACAGGACAGGUCUUUGUCUAAUCUAAGGGGAAAUGAAUGGAAAAAUAUGCGAUCAAUUAUAUCGCCAACCUUUUCGUCGGGCAAAAUGCGUGCAAUGCAUCCGAUUAUCAUUGAUUGUGUUCAUCGUUUGGAUCAAUAUCUGGAACCAAAAGCCGUCAACAAAGAGACAAUUGAAAUGAAGAAAACAAUGGGUUCGCUGACAAUGGAUGUGAUAGCUGCCUGUGCUUUCGGUACCCAAAUAGACACAUAUAAUGACCGUAAGCCCAGUGAGUUUGUUAGGUAUGGCCAGAAAACGUUUACUGUCGGCUGGAGAUUAUUAGUAUUCAUACUAUUGAUGUCUUUUGGCAAAAAAGUUAUGAAAGCCGUAGGAUUUAAAUUGACACCGCCGUCGGUCACAAAUUUUUUCAGUCAAGCGAUUCAAUCAAUUAUAGUUCAACGAAAAUCUGAGACAAAUCUGAAACAUAAAGAUUAUUUGCAAUUGAUUUUAGACGCAAAAAAUAAAACACUUGACACAAGCGAUGAUAAAGAUAUCAUCGGCAGUGAAAAUAGUGAACAAAUUUACGGACAAUCAGAUGAUAAGACAGAUAAUAAAACAAUUAACAAAAUAGAUAUCACAGACACCGAUGUCUUGGCCUCGUCUUUCAUAUUUUUUGUGGCCGGCUAUGAAACUACUGGUUCUCUGUUGUCAUUACUUUUCUAUAGACUGGCAUUGGAUGAGAAAUGUCAGCAAAAAUUAUAUGAAGAAAUACAACGAUUUGAUGGUCAAUACGAUGAUUACGAGACAAUCGCUAAAAUGCAUUAUUUGGAGGCAUGUAUUGCGGAAACACUUAGACUUUACAAUCCGGUUGCGUCUCUACAGAGAAUUGCAUCACAAGAUUAUACAAUUGAAAGUAUUGGCUUAGAAAUACCGAAAGGAAUGAUUGUCAACUUUGAUGUCGAAACUUUGCAUCACAAUCCCGACUACUAUCCCGAACCCGAUCGUUGGGAUCCCGAACGGUUUAUGCCCUACAAUCGGGAUAAGUUAGUUCCCUAUACUUAUAUGCCGUUUGGUUUGGGUCCCAGAAAUUGUGUGGGAAUGAGGUUUGCAUUGAUGGARGCAAAGACAGCCACAGCUUAUUUGGUCAAUAAAUAUCACUUUUUUCGGACACCGAAAACCCAAAUACCAUUGAUUGAAAUGAAAAUGCAAUUUUUGCGUAAUUUUAAGUCUAUUGAUAUCGUUCUUGGUAUAUCUGAUCCACAAUUAGUUAAAGAGAUAAUGAUUAAAGACUUUCAUGUGUUUACCGAUCGAAACUACUUUUCAUUUAACGAUGAAUUACAGGACAGGAUAUCACCGACCUUUUCGUCGGGCAAAAUGCGUGCAAUGCAUCCGAUUAUCAUUGAUUGUGUUCAUCGUUUGGAUCAAUAUCUUGAGCCAAAAGCCGUCAACAAAGAGACAAUUGAAAUGAAGAAAACAAUGGGUUCGCUAACAAUGGAUGUUAUAGCUGCCUGUGCUUUCGGUACCCAAAUAGACACAUAUAAUGACCGUAAGCCCAGUGAGUUUGUCAGGUAUGGCCAGAAAACGUUUACUGUCGGCUGGAGAUUAUUAGUAUUCAUGUUAGUGAUGUCUUUGGGUGAAACUGUCAAAAAAUUGGUUAAAUUUAAAUUGACACCGCCGUCGGUCACAAAUUUUUUCAGUCAAGCGACGCAAGGAAUGUACGUAAACUUUGAUAUCGAAACUUUACACCGCAAUCCCGAAUACUAUCCCGAACCCGAUCGUUGGGAUCCCGAAAGGUUUAUGCCCUACAAUCGGGAUAAGUUAGUUCCCUAUACUUAUAUGCCGUUUGGUUUGGGUCCCAGAAAUUGUGUGGGAAUGAGGUUUGCAUUGAUGGAAGCAAAGACAGCCACAGCCUAUUUGGUCAAUAAAUAUCACUUUUUUCGGACAUCAAAAACCCAAAUACCAUUGAUUGAAAUGAAAAUGCAAUUAUUACGUAACUAUAAGUCUAUCGACAUCGGUAUUGAGUUGAGAUAA